CGCACCUGCCUCGCCGCCGCGGUGGCGCACCGCGUCGGCGUGCGCACGGCGCGAGGCCUGCUGGUUGUCUCGCUGCCGCUCGCUGCAGACUGGACUGGGCUGGCUGCUGGCCCGGCUGCCAGAGGGGCUGCUUGCCGUGCUCGACACGCUCGGGGGCCGCCGUCGUGGCCUGGACGCCCGUCUCCAGCGCCUGCGCCACACGCCCUGCGCCCUGGCGCCAGCGGACCUCGCAGCAGUGCAGCGACACCAUUCCGUCACUCGCCCGUGCAUCGAGCUCGACGACGCGGCCCUGCGCACCGCCUGCGCUUCUCUGCCCGCCCUCGACAACAUGACGCGCCCCAUCCGCCGGAAUGCCCUCGAGAAGCUCGCAAAGCUGUCCGCGCAGGCCGCUCCCUCCGCAGGCCCCGACCACGACCUGCAGCGGCUGUACAAAAGAUGUCCCAGCGGCCUGCUGGCCCAGGACGGUGCCCCCACCUCUGACGUGACCAGUGUGUACAUGAAACUACCAGAGCUCGACGCUGUCCUCGCCCUCUGCAAGGCCGCCCCUUUCGUAGAGUCACCUGCUGUUGCGGACCAGCUGCUCAAGCGACUGGCGCCAUACUUGCCCGAGUCCUUCGCCCAGAGACUGGCACCUUCCCCCCAGCUACGCGACAUUGAUCCUUCCCCCUACGAGGUCCUUACCCACCACCUCACCUCCGCCAUUCUCUCCCUUGGUGCCCGCCAUACUCAUCUGCGGCCUCGAGUCCUUGAAAUCGUCACCUACUAUGUCAAGGGCUGGUCUACCGCCGCUGUGCACGCAUCAUCGGAGCAAUUCGACCACGAUCAUCACGUCGACUUUGCAGCCGAUGGUGAGCUCGGACGCGUCAUGACCCAGAGUAUGUCGCUGCUGGGCUUUCUGAACGCAAUUGCAAAUCAUUCGUCCUUCUGGAGCCCCCACGACCAGCUGCGAUUUGUUGAAAGUGUCCAAACGGCACUGUCCGAAAACUUUCUCAUCGCUUUCGAGACGGCAUUGUCGAUUGUGAGGAAUGCGCGCUCGCACCAGCACAGUCUUAGAUACUGGAAGCAGUUCGCAAAACACUAUGCCGCCAUCGGACGACCAUUGGGUGCUACUGUUCUGCAUGACUCUUUCCUCAAGGUCAUCGUUGCUUGUGCUUCGGGACUAGUCCAGGCGCCUCACCGCAAGCUUGAUACCGACGUUCUCGAGUGGAUUCGAAUAUCGCAUCCAAGCCGCGAUGUAUCACGGGAUGCUUCGACUGAUUCACUAGCUGAAGGCUUGACGCGCAUUGCUGUCGAAGAAAUGGAUCGUCUAGACAAUGAUCUUGACUAUCUUCAGCGCGUCGGAUCUGCCUGGCAACAACGCCAGGCUUCUGCGGUGAAGGCAAAGGUCAUCACAACGUGCGUAUGCUGCGCAGUAUACGAUGAGGACAUCGCUGAUUCAGACCUGCUAAUGUCAUGGCUCGACAAUGCAUUGAAUGACCCCGCCCAAGUGGGGGAUCUUAACCUUGCUUCGACAGUACUGCAGUCUAUGUCUAUCUUGGCCAAGCUGUCUCCAGCCAUUGCAUCGAGUUUAGGACGCUCUCUCCCGCGCGUCAUCGUCCAAGGCGGAUUCGAUCAUGAGACUGCAUCGGUGGCUGCCCAGUCGCUUGCCGCUGUUCUUAGUCUUCUCCCACAAGAUGCAGUCAUCACUACCUUAUACAGCCUAGGCAACGUGAUUAGCACUGGCCCAGUAGGCGACCGUACUUCCACCGCAACGGUCACUACGAACGACCAUGGAAAAACAUCGCGGGCUACCGAUCUGUAUAGUCACCAACAUGAGGGCAGCGCCAUCUCGUUGAUACCAAGUGACGUUGAGGCGCCGAACCAUGUACAUACUACCGUGAUAGAAACCAUCGUAUCUGUAGCAACACAAAGCAAGGACGAGAAGAUUACGGCGCUAGCGCUUUCCAUGCUCGUUCAAAAGGUCGGAUGGAUUAGCAAGGUAGUAGACGCCAAAAUCGUCACUGACUCUGCGCUCCUUGGGAUUCAUAGCGGCCCUGGAGAGUUUCGAUCAUUGCUCAAGUUGUACUCCAAAUUGUGCCAUGAAGCUCUACUCAAAGACGACCGGUUCACUCUCGAAGCGAUCAAACACGCCCGACUUCACCUCUCUCGAGAAAUUGACGAAGAGUCGGAUGCUUUCGAACUGUAUCUCACGCACUUGCUCGAUACUAUCAUAAGCAAAGGCGAUUUACCAGAAACGCAUCUUCGUCAGGUCCGAGAUACAGAGCUGGCUGCGCAAGAGAUUGCUCAGUUGCUUCCGCCUUUGGCUUUGCUGCUUUCGCGAAAAGCUACACUCACGGACCCGUCACAACUGGACGACCAUAUCCUCAGUCUACAGAGAGACGCUUGGUUCAAUAUCGUUAUCCAUGGUUUUGAUCUUUCGUCCAGUCUGACUCAAGAACACGUGGCUGAGCUUAGAACGCUAGCACGCUUUAGUCGAUCUCUAAUUACAGAGGAACGAGCUUCACUCGCUGAAAGUGACAUAGAGUUGAAUACGGUCUUGCGACGGGGUAAAUCCCCCGAACACGUUGUUGAACAGAAGAGACGUCUUGCGAAAUUGCUGCCCGCAUGCGAGGCAGAUAUCAGAUCAUUGAGUUACUCGGAAGCUGUUUUCUUGAACGCUGCCUACCUAGUCGAGGAUCUACGAGCAAGUGCCGGGGACUGCACAAAAGCUCUCGCAUAUUUCCUCGACCCAAAAUUGCGUAGCGGAGGGGUAGGAAACUGUAUGCUCGCCAUUGCAGCCGCUACGACCCGAACGUACGUAACGAAGACGCUAUCCGGCAAGCUGCACUCAUUCUCAACUCCGUACUUGGCAAAGCAGCUUUCGACGAUCUUUGCAGGGUGCUGUCAUCGAAUUGCCAGAGUGCAACAGGCAGCUUUCACCUGCGCGGAUAUCAUCGUUAGAGAUGUACCUUCCACACUUUGUCAGAAGAGCGCCUUGUUUGCCCUUCUAGAGCUUCUAUCCAUUAUGUGGUCUAGCUGCUUGGAAGGCGAGACUGAUGAGUACGGAUGGACGUCGACAUUUGCUUCUGAAAAAUCCAAUAUUGUUGUAGAGCUUUCAGAUGACUACAACUUUCGAAGAGAGACUCUGAAUAGCCUCCACAAGCGGGCUGUGGCAUGGGUCAAAGGAGUCCUGGACAUUGCCCCACUCGACAUCAAAGGUCUACUUCAGACCUACCUGUCCGAGUAUGACGACGAGGGCGCUUAUGGUCACAUCUCGCUUGGUCGCUCCUUCGCAUUGGAGAUGGGCUCGGUGAUACCGACCACCGACCAACGUUUAGGUGCUAUCGAGCGGCAAGGCAUAAAUAUCAACACUGCAUCGGACUUCAUCGCGCAAUAUACUACGCGGCAGGAGUAUAAGUUCGUCGACGGUCAAAACGAGCAGGAUGAUGAGUGGCUAAAACUUGAUGGAUCUGGCCACGCGCAGUCUGCCUUCCAUCGUAGGAUUGACGAUGCUACCAAUUUACUCAUAGACCUCGAAAGCCGGACCUUGAACAACAAACACGUCACCAUUGCUGACCUUCGAGAUAAUCUUAGACGAGCCUCUGCACUCCUCUGUCGCGUCAAGUCAGACCAAACUCCCAUUGUGCAUCAUUUAGUCGGCAUUCCCUUCAACGUAUUUACGAAGCAAUCGAUCAAGCUCGGUAUAUCCCUAUGGAUGAGUGUGAUCAAAGAGAAUCCUCGGAUGGAGUCCCGCAUUCUCGUCUCUAUUGCCGAAUGUUGGGAGAACACCAUCAUUCAGCGAAAGGGGAUUUUCAGUCACUCGUUAAAGCAUCCCGAUCCUUUCUAUGGCAAGCAGGAAUUUGCUCCAACGGACAAGCCUCAUCUCGGGAAACGACAACAACACAUCUAUAACAUCAUUGCCCCUCACUACCGGCUUCUGCAAUUCCUGUCUAGUCAUUUCAAUGCUACACGUCUUGGAAAUCCUGACAUAGAGUUAGUCUACAGCAGAUUGAUGCAUGUGACCCUCGACGCGCUCAGCUCGGGAUGUGCUCAGCCACUCGCGAGAGAAGCAUACUUCCACACUGUCCUUCUAGGUCUACGUAUUGUACGCCAUUGCACGACACUCUCCCCUGCGAUCAAAUGGCGUCUGAAAGACCGUAUUCUGAGCGCAGGAUUGGCAUGGUUUGCAAAGGCACCCGAGUGGUCGUUCGGCGGAAAUCGUCUUCAGAUCAAAGCCGAGACACACGUUCUGGCGGAUGUUCAAGCCUACUUAGAAGUUGUGGGGAAAACAGGCACCAUCGCCGAAGGUUCCAUGAGAUCUUUAAAGGCCAAACAAGACCUGCUAUCGCUUCUCAUUUCGAAUGAGCAGACUCGUUUGAUGGUGUGGCUUUUCCCGCUCGAUUACGGCAAGAAGCACCACUUUACUUCUGGCCAGCACAGCAAAACGCUAGCAGAUGUUACAGUCUCAUCUCACCUCAAAACAGCGUGGGAGGAGAAUCCUUCCAUUGCCGUACAUCUUCCCAAACGUUUCCAGAAUCAGCGCCUGAACACUGAAGUGCGAUUCCAAAUUCUCAACUUCCCUCAGCGAGUUCUCGGCGAGCCCGAUGCUAUCGAGAUCUUGCUGGGUAGACAACUACCAAGCGAUGUCACUUUCCAACUUAAGUACCUCAUGUACUGGGCAGCCUUGAAUCCCAUCAGCGCGGUCACGUAUUUCCUUCCGGCGUACGGAAAUCACCCUUUCAUCAUCCAAUAUGCGAUGAGGGCACUGGAAAGCCACUCUGUCGAUGUUACAUUCUUUUACGUCUCACAAAUCGUACAGACACUUCGUUACGAUGUUCUAGGCUACGUUGAAAGAUACAUCAUUGAGACAGCAAAGUUUUCACAGCUGUUCGCUCAUCAAAUCAUAUGGAACAUCAAGGCGAAUGCAUACAAAGAUGAGCAGUCUCAGGUUCCCGAUCCCGCCAAACCCACCUUUGACAAAGUCAUGACAAGCCUAGAAUCGAGCUUCAGCGAUAUUGAUCGAGAGUUUUAUGAGCGGGAGUUCGACUUCUUUGGCAAAGUCACCGGUAUCUCUGGCACGCUGCGCACAAUCUUGGAGAGACCGAAAGAAGAAAAGAAGCAAAUGAUUGAGGAAGAGCUGCGCAAGAUACAGGUCGACGUCGGAGUAUAUCUGCCGAGUAAUCCUGACGGUGUUGUAGUUGGCAUUGACCGCAAAUCCGGCAAGCCUCUGCAGUCCCAUGCAAAGACGCCGUUUAUGGCUACCUUCCGGAUCCGCAAGACCAGGACAGACGUGUUGGAAGGAACCACCGCAGACGGGCUCGCUAGCAGCGCCUCGUCGGCCAAGCAAAAUUCCUAUGAGGUCUGGCAGUCGGCAAUCUUCAAGGUUGGUGACGACUGUAGACAAGAUGUUUUAGCAUUGCAGAUGAUCGCUGCGUUCCGUGGUAUCUUCAACAAUGUCGGUCUUGACGUUUGGGUGUUUCCAUAUCGUGUUACAGCCACAGCGCCCGGUUGUGGAGUGAUCGAUGUGCUUCCCAACUCCAUCUCACGCGACAUGCUCGGUCGUGAAGCUGUCAAUCGUCUUGACGACUAUUUCGUCAGUAAAUAUGGCAACGAAGACUCGAUCCGCUUUCAGGAGGCGCGCAGCAACUUUGUAAAGAGCAUGGCCGCCUACAGCGUCAUCUCCUUCUUGCUACAGUUUAAAGAUCGUCACAAUGGAAACAUUAUGAUCGACGACGCAGGCCACAUCAUCCACAUCGACUUCGGCUUCUGCUUCGACAUUGCGCCCGGUGGCGUCAAAUUUGAGCGCGCGCCCUUCAAAUUGACCGGCGAGAUGAUCGCGGUCAUGGGCGGCAGCCAGACCUCGCAGUCGUUUCGAUGGUUCGAGGAGCUUACCAUCAAGGCUUUCUUGGCAAGCAGGCAGCACUGCGACCACUUAUGCCAAAUUGUUGAGGUGAUGUUGGAUAGCGGUUUACCAUGCUUUGUUCCGCAAACGAUCCAACAUUUCCGUGAGCGAUUUGUACUGGAGAAGAGCGAGAGGGAGGCAGCGGACUACAUGCGUGAGUUGAUUCGGCGCAGCGCGAGCAGUAAGAGUACUGGUGUGUACGAUCAGUUCCAAUUGGUCACCAACGGGAUUCCCUUCUAGAGGGGUAGGUGCCGGGUCUGUCGGUAGGGUGCGCGCACAUCAUGUAGUAUAUUGCAACACAGCUAAAGCGAUUCAUCAUCAAUGUCGCUCCUCUUGCAGACAUGAAACAUGGAAUCCAGAACGAAGCACGCGUUGAUUUUGUACAACCUUGGAAGGCUUUAACGCUGUGAGCUGGGAGCA